UUCAACCAGACUUCAACUCAUAACCAAACUCAGAUAGCCAUUAUGGGAGAAAAACCCUAUAAGUGUGACGAAUGCGGGAGAGGAUUCAGCCAGAGGAUACACCUCAUUCAACAUCGGAGGAUCCAUACAGGGGAAAAACCUUUCAUUUGUAACGAAUGUGGGAAAACCUUCCGUCGGCAUUCAUCCUUUACCCAGCACCUGAGAAUCCACACGGGGGAGAAGCCCUACAAAUGUAGUCAGUGUGGCAAAGCUUUUGGCCACAUCACAUCGCUCACUGAGCAUCACGGACUUCACGGUGGAGAGAGACCUUAUGAAUGCCGCGUCUGUGGAAAAGCCUUCAGCCAGCGAACGCAUCUUAAUCAGUACGAAAGGACACACACGGGAGAGAUGCCCUAUAAGUGUAAUGAAUGUGGGAAAGCCUUCAGCCAGAGUGCUCACCUUAACCAGCACAGGAGAAUCCACAGUCGUGAGAAGUUAUGUGACUAUAAAUGGGAAAAAGCCUCCAACUGA